AUGAUUGUGCAGCGCUUUGCCAGGCCGCUUGACACAGCAGGGAGCUUCGGGGACAAGACCUAUGAGUGGAGCUCGGAGGAGGAGGAGUCCGUGAGGAAGGCAGGGCCGGUGCAGGUCCUCAUCGUCAAGGAUGACCACUCCUUUGAGCUGGACGAGGCGGCGCUCAACCGCAUCCUGCUCUCCGAGGCCGUCAGAGAUAAGGAGGUGGUGGCUGUAUCCGUGGCCGGAGCUUUCCGGAAAGGGAAGUCGUUCCUCAUGGACUUCAUGCUGCGCUACAUGUACAACAAGGACGCCGUGGACUGGGUGGGAGAUGACAACGAGCCGCUGACCGGGUUCUCCUGGAGGGGAGGGUCCGAGCGGGAGACGACCGGCAUUCAGAUAUGGAGCGAGGUUUUCCUGGUGGACAAGCCCGACGGUACCAAGGUGGCGGUGCUGCUCAUGGACACGCAGGGCACCUUCGACAGCCAGUCCACCCUGCGCGACUCGGCCACCGUGUUCGCCCUCAGCACCAUGAUCAGCUCCAUACAGGUGUACAACUUGUCGCAGAACGUGCAGGAGGACGACCUGCAGCACCUGCAGCUCUUCACCGAGUACGGCCGCCUGGCCAUGGAGGAGACCAGCCUGAAGCCCUUCCAGUCCCUCAUCUUCCUCGUGCGCGACUGGAGCUUCCCCUACGAGUUUUCCUACGGCUCGGACGGCGGCGCCAGGUUCCUGGAGAAGCGCCUCAAGGUCUCGGGCAACCAGCACGAGGAGCUGCAGAACGUGCGCAAGCACAUCCACUCSUGCUUCUCCAGCAUCUCCUGCUUCCUGCUGCCCCAUCCCGGCCUCAARGUGGCCACCAACCCCAACUUCGACGGCAAGCUCAAAGAGAUUGACGACGAGUUCAUCAAGAACCUGAAGGUUUUGAUCCCCUGGCUGCUGCGGCCCGAGAGCCUGGACGUCAAGGAGAUCAACGGGAACCACAUCACGUGCCGAGGCCUCGUGGAGUAUUUCAAGGCCUACAUCAAGAUCUACCAAGGCGAGGAGCUGCCGCACCCCAAGUCCAUGCUGCAGGCCACCGCCGAGGCCAACAACCUGGCGGCCGUCGCCACGGCCAAGGACACCUACAGCCGGCGCAUGGAGGAGGUGUGCGGCGGGGACAAGCCCUUCCUGGCGCCCAGCGACCUGCAGAGCAGGCACGCGGAGCUCAAGGAGGAGGCCGUGAAGCUCUUCCGCGGCGUCAAGAAGAUGGGCGGCGAGGAGUUCAGCCGGCGCUACCUGCAGCAGCUGGAGGCCGAGAUCGACGAGCUCUACAUCCAGUACAUCAAGCACAACGACAGCAAGAACAUCUUCCACGCCGCCCGCACGCCGGCCACCCUCUUCGUGGUCAUCUUCAUCACCUACGUGAUCGCCGGCGUGACGGGCUUCAUCGGCCUGGACAUCAUAGCCAGCCUGUGCAACAUGAUCAUGGGCCUGACGCUCAUCACGCUCUGCACCUGGGCCUAUAUCAGAUACUCUGGGGAGUACAGAGAACUGGGCGCCGUAAUAGACCAAGUGGCCGCCGCGCUGUGGGACCAGGGAAGCACAAACGAGGCGUUGUACAAACUGUACAGUGCAGCGGCAACUCACAGACACUUGUAUCAUCACGCCUUCCCCGCGCCGAAAGCGGAGGCUGCUGAGGGCUCGGAGAGGAAGAAGAUGUGAGCGGGAGCYGGGGGGCCGCUGGCCGAGGGGCUCUCGGCGGCGUCGCCUUCCCGCGGCCCCGCGCGAGGCCGAAGACCAGACCCCGCGGCGGCCGGUUCAACACGUUCACGUUCCUUCGACGACACGCUCUGUGAUGGGAAGAUGUAGGCAUGGUUCUUGUUUUGUUAAUAUGUACAUACGUCUUUUGCUGCAAAUACCAAGUGCUUUUAAUUUGCACUGUCGAGUGGAAUGCCCAGCUAAUUUAUGAAAACUGGUUUUUGUCCUUUGAUUAGUAUGAGUUCGUUAAUGAUUUCAUGGUCACGUACAUGAUGCUGCAACAAAAUACAGGCAGACCUAGUGUUAUUCAAAGGGCAACUUAUUUUCCAAUACUUGAUCAAGUGCAACAUGUAAUCAAGGUUUUUCGUCAAUUAACUUUAGCUCAUAUCUGCCAUGAGCUGCUUAAUUACAUCACUGUAAUCAAAAGGAAAAAGUAUUAACUUGSUUUACCAGGAAUUGUAAGGACACUUCUGCUACAGUAUAUUAAUGAUAUUGUAAGGAAAGCGUACAUUUCUGUUCAUAACUAAUGCACAAAAUAUCACUUUGUACAUGUAUUUGAGAACGUUUCACUGCCUUUCUGUAUAUAUUCAUUAUAGCGCAUAGAGURUGC